GCCGCGGAGAAGAGUAGAAGUUUUCCGAAUGGAUUGUUUUCUGUUCGAUUACAAAGUCAUCAGUUUCGAUAAUGAACAUUGCACAGGACCCUGGUUGUGAAUGCCAAGCAAAUUUGCCAGCAAUAAUCAUCGCGAAAAGAUUUUUUGUUUGAGAAUUGCACGGUGCGAUAGCGUCGCGAAGAGAACAGUUGAGCCGUAUGUAAACUUGAGUUCGAAGCCCAAUUCGGGGGCUUUGUUAUUUACUUGAUCCGUUGCUACGGCUUUUUGUAAUUUGCGACACUUAGCGUGCGAAGAAUUUGUAUGAAAAGAGAAUAUUUAGGCAGAUUAAAAAGCUGUACGCUGGCCUUAAACACUGAAUUUAUAAUUCGACUGGGAGAGCAUGUCAAAUCCUGUGGAGCGGUGCGACACGAAUAGAAGAGCGUCCACACCGUCUAAACGCGCCUGGGAAGAGCAAACUUCGGCACAAAGCGACUUUAACAAGAACACAAAAGCACCGUCCGCUGUUACUGCUUCAACUCGCAAGGAUAGCAGCUUUAAAAGUAUGGACUCAGCCGCUUCAGGCGGGGAAAUUCGACUGAAAAGUGUCGAACUCGGGGUCGAAGCCGAAGAAUCGACUCCGCUAAACGCAGCAAUGGACAAUUCGAAGGGAGAUGCUUCCAACGGUACUCUAGGGGUUUCGAUAAAAAAUGGCCAGAAAUCUAGUUCUAGGGACAUAGAGUCGGAGGAAAGCGGCAAAGAGUCUGACUGUAGCGACGAUUCCUUUGCAGGGCAAUGGAAAUUGUUUACUCGCGUUCUGAAAUCGAAAAGAUUUGAAUCAGAGAAACUCGAAAGCCUCUAUCAGCGUUACAUAUUUCGCUUGAAUCAGAAGUUCACAAGUUGGCUUGUUUCUAUCCUUAUUAUACUAAGCCUGGUGCUUGUUUUCUUCCAGUUUUUCUUAGAGCAAAAAGAAGUGCAAUCGAAAAAUAUAGAGGGACUUGUGAUGGUGUUUUUCACCGUUGUAUACUGUGGUCUAGCAUAUGUUGUGAAUAGGAGCGGGAGUGGUUCAUCAGACAAACAAAUGUCUGUCUCAUCCCAAAAGCAGCUUCGUUGGGUCUCGUAUGCCCUCCUAGCUCUCUCCUGUGGUUUUGUGCUAACUACGGUAUUAUGUCCUGUGGGAGAAAAUCUACAAAAGGGCCUACAAGAUGAUUAUUACUCUCCUAGCGAUGGCGUCUGGAUCACGAUAUUUUUCAUAUACAUGACAUAUACUAUGCUGCCAGUUCGAAUGAGAAUAGCAGUAUUCGGGGGAUGCCUGCUUCUCGCUCUUCACCUCAUAUCCAGCGCUUGUGUCAACCGCAAUAAUCCGAAUCUAGCAAGACUGCUUGUUGGCAACUUGCUGUUAUUUAUUUGUGCUAAUAUAACUGGGGUGUUCACACACUACCCAACAGAAAUAUCUCAAAGGCAAGCCUUCCUGGAAACUAGGAGAUGUAUAGAGGCUCGUCUCACCAUACAAAAGGAGAACCAAAAUCAGGAGCGUCUCCUUCUGUCCGUUCUCCCGCGCUAUGUUGCCAUGGAAAUGAAAGAUGACAUUGAAAGUGGAAUCUCCCAGAACUCCCAAUUCCAUAAGAUCUACAUUCAAAGACACGAAAACGUCAGUAUUCUAUUCGCGGAUAUUGAGGGAUUCACUGUGUUGUCUUCCCAAUGUACCGCGCAGUCUCUCAUCAAAACCCUUAACGAGCUGUAUGCGCGGUUCGACCAGUUGGCGGUGGAGAAUCACUGCCUUCGAAUUAAGAUCCUUGGCGACUGCUACUACUGUGUGUCCGGUCUACCAGACCCCCGUCCGGACCACGCCCACAGCUGUAUCGAAAUGGGGCUCGCCAUGAUUGACGCCAUCUCGUUCGUUCGCGACGCCACCCAAGUAAAUCUGAACAUGAGAGUCGGGGUGCACAUGGGCAAAGUACACAGUGGUGUGCUAGGAUUGGUCAAAUGGCAGUAUGACGUGUGGUCUGAUGACGUGACUAUAGCCAAUCACAUGGAGUCUGGCGGUCUGCCAGGGCGCGUGCACAUAACCAAGGAGGUCCUAGACUGUCUGAAUGGGGAUUACGAGGUGGAAGAGGGCCAUGGCCAGGAACGAGAUUCCUACUUGAAGCAGUACAGCAUUGAUACCUACUUGGUUGUAGCUGAACACCCUCGGAAGCAACCAAGCAAAGAGCUUAAACGCGAGGAAGACAUCGACAAGAAAAUGCAAGCAAGACUUGGAAUAGACUCUAAAGUCCAAGACACCGAGGACGAGGUGAACGAGUUUCUGGGGAGCUCUAUCGAUGCACGCAGCAUUGAGAGAUUACGCAAGGAAUAUGUUCAGCCGAUCCUACUGACUUUUAAGAACCCCGCCAAAGAGGAGUUGUAUUCACAAGAGAGGGAUCGCAUGUUCAAGUCAUACACGUCCUGCGUUUUUCUCGUCUAUCUAUUCAUUCUUGGCACCCAGUUGCUAGUCUUACCCAGGAAUUACGUGACGCUGGCGGUGUUUUUGUCCAUCUUUCUUAUCGUUGCCAUCACCUACCUUCUGGUCGUGUCAGAGAAAUUCUCGUUUCUUCCAGAGUCUCUCACCAACCUGUCAUCCACCAUCUGUCAAUCACGCGUCAUUUGCCGCAUCAUCGCGAGUAUCCUGAUCAUCGGCUUGUACGUGGCCGCUGUGGGGAAUCUGUUUGGCUGUGACGAACCGCCCACUCCUGAAUUUACGAAGAUUUUCCUGAACAACGAGACAAAGUUGGUGUGCAACGCCAGCCGCUACCCUCCCCCACUUGGGGUAGAGAACCAGUCAUGUGAUUAUCCACAGUACGUAACGUUCUGUGUCACGCUAGUCAUGAUCGGCUGUGCGGUGUUCCUUCAGUUGAGCACAGUUCUUAAGUUCUCAUUGCUGACCGUCAUGGCUAUCGUAUACAUCCUUCUCGUCCAGUAUGUCGCAAAGAAUUCCUUCCUGAGACACGACUUUUUGCAGUUCUGUGGACUUGGAAGUGGUCACUUUAUCGAAUGGAGUGAUCUAUCAAUUCUGAUCGUCGUUAUCUUUAUCUUAGCGCUUACCGCGCACGGCUACUUGCAUGAGCAAAUUUCUCGGUUGGAUUUCCUGUGGAAACUUCAGGCAACAGAGGAGAAAAAAGAGAUGGAACAGCUUCGAGAAUACAACAAGAAAUUGCUUUACAACAUUCUUCCUGUGCACGUGGCUCAACACUUCCUUGGCCACAAAGCCAACAAAAACGAGGAUUUGUAUUAUCAAUCUUGUGAUAAAGUUGCCGUAAUGUUCUCCAACAUCUGUAAUUUCUCGGAUUUCUACACUGAGCUAGACGCUAAUGGCGAAGGUGUGGAGUGCUUAAGAUUACUCAACGAGAUUUUAGCCGACUUUGACGAGCUUCUGUCAGAGCCCCAGUUCCAAUGUAUUGAGAAGAUCAAGACAAUUGGCGAGACGUACAUGGCUGCAUCAGGAAUAAAACCAGAAUCACAGGAAAAACUUGCAACUUUGAACCAUAUCUGCACAAUGGCUGACUUCGCAAUGGCAAUGAAACGAAAACUAGAGGAUAUUAACCUCCAUUCUUUCAACAACUUUGCUAUGAAAAUCGGUUUGAACUUUGGUCCUGUGGUCGCUGGGGUAAUUGGGGCACACAAACCUCAGUAUGACAUCUGGGGAGACACAGUGAAUGUUGCAAGCAGAAUGUAUAGCACAGGAAAAGAUAAUCACAUACAGGUUACAAAGGCCAUGUAUGAGAUCUUGUCGACUCGCGGAUACACCUUCGACUGUCGAGGCCUUGUUGCUGUGAAAGGCAAAGGAAAGAUGGUUACCUACUGGCUUCUGGGCAAGGAAGGUGCUAGCAACUCCAACGAUCUUUAGCGAUCUGUAGUACAGCAGAACUUGCAGGAGUGGGCAUCCUCUCAUGUUCAGCUUCAGGAAAAGUCCAGGAAAUCUGAUAUAUGUACUGCAUCACUAUGCAGUACCCCGUUACCCUGGCUUACUACCAUAUAUCACAAUGUUUUUGAAAAACAAUGACAGUAAAUUCUUCAGUGAAUGAAAGAUAUUCUGGGCGAAAUAUUGGCUGCAAAUAGCCAUAAUCCCAUUUUAACAAGCGUACGUUUUUAACAUAUGGAAGUAUUAUCUCGGUUGUUUCUGGGCUCAAGAGUCAGCAGUUCAUUUAUCACCCACGUCAUCGAGCAUGCUAAACCAAUUUUUGGAUUGUAUUUUUUUUUCACGACUGGUUGAUAGUCCCUCAACUCGGGUGAACAGGUUCUCGGAUCUCUGGUUUCUAGCGAACUCAAAGUUGCAUUUAAUGUAUUUUUUAGACAUACUAUAAUAACAAUCAAGCAACAAAGAUUGCUGAUUUCAUAAAUAGGCUAAUGUGUAAGUUAUAGCACUUUAGUCGCAACUUAAGACCAGGCAAAUGUGUUUCAUAUGCUUAGUGGAUUGUAACAAAGAGACUCUAGAGGCAUUUCCAUUUUUGGCUAUCAGUUCUCAACCUACCAAAAAAGGAUCUUUGGGUGUAUAUAGGGUGUAUAGCCAUUUAGAUGUUUGCUGUGACAUGACUCACCAACAGUAAGUUUAGACUUGUGAAUUUUCCUGUUGUAAAUUACCGACAGUAAAUGUAUAAUAUAUAAAUAUGGCAUAUACACCAAUGUAUUUUAGCAGUGAAGAUCAUAGCGAUUGUCAUUAGUAUUAGAAGCCUACGGCUUGUGCACAUUGGAGAUCUAACAUAAAUGAUUAUACAGUAGCAUAUAAACUUAAAAACAAAGAUCUCUAUAUGAUACUUCGUUUAUACGCUCAUUUUACCAUUUGCUGCCUGUGUGCUAGGCCUCACAAGUCUCAUUUAUUUGAGAGCCCUAAAUUUUUUUUAGUGUCCAGUAGGCUUAAUCAAAUAAGAUGAACAAUAUGAUUAUUGUGAACUUAGAGCUUUUUAAAUUAGUUUUUUAAGUGUCAACAGUUAUUCUUUGAAGUUGUCCUACUGAAUUUAGGAAUUUUUAGUGUAAUUGAGGACAAUUUCUUUUUAAUCAAGAUGAUGUCGUAUAGUGAUCAAGAAAAAAAGUUACAAAUAUAGAGAAUUAAUAUAUUCAUUGACAAGUCUGAAAUAAUAAACAAACCCUGUAAAUAUAUCAACUAGGCAUGCAGGUGAUAAUACAAGUUUCCAAUGUCAUCUUCAUUAUAUUUUCACUUGGAAAAGGUUCUUGCAUAGUGAGAAAUGGUUUGCUUUUAUAGGACACUUUUUUAACCAUUUGAUUUGCUAUUCUUUAUGUACUAAUGAGAAAAAGUUUGACCUCUGUACAGCAUUCCAAAACUUAAUCACUGUAUGCACAAAAUUCUAUUAUGUUUUGGUGAAUGACCCGAUCAUUCAUCAUUAAUAGCGAGUUUCAUCAAGGGAGAACUUUAGCCGUUAUUUGCACUUUUUACUGAAAUUAGCUUUUUUGUCCAGAUAAAUAUAUUUUAAAGCUCUCAGUGGUACACAGUAUCAUUAGUACUUGGUAGUGGGCAUGAUAAGGGAGCUGCUUAUAGGGGGAAAUUUUGCAGAGGCUGUAAAAUUUUAUUUGAUGUUGAAGUACAUAACUGUAUAAAAGCCUGUAAACAAUGCCUAAUAAAAUCAUGAAACUGUA